GCUAGCGCUUUGAGGACGAAUUAUAUGUACAUAAGUACAUAUGUAGUAUGUGUGUACUUAACUAGAAAUUGUAAUCCUACGUAAUUGAUCCUACAAGUAUUGUGAUUAAACUGAUACGAGGGUUGUAUUAUAGAAGAGGUGACAAGUCAAAAGUCAAUAUAAUUACAACAAACAACAAAUUGAGUUUUUUUCCCGGCUCUCUUCUGAAAUCUUGUUUCAUUUUUCUAUACUUAGUCGAAUCGCGAAUAUUCGAUCACUUCGAUUCUUUGGAAUUAGCGGAAAGGUGGUGUUUGAAACUAUGAGGCAGACAUCAAGCCGUUGUAUGGUUAGUUAGUGUUUUAGGAUAAGCUUUUUUAAGGACUUUUGAGUUUCAGGAUUUUCAAAUAAAACUAUUUAUUGAUUUCUAAUGAUAUCGUAAUCGAUACUACUAUAAUAAAACUCUUAGAGUAGAAAUGAAACGUGCUCCAGAUAUCGCGGAGGGAUAGUGUAUCAUGAUACAUAUGUACAUAUAUAAUCAAACAUCCACGGGCUAAUCGCCAGAAGAGCAAAUCAACAUUUGUUUUUAUUGAUAAGACAUCCAAAUCCAUAGAAAUAGCAAAACGCCGACGUGAUUUGCUACAGAGCAAACGCACACCGAACGCUUAAACAGUUCUAGGGAAAGUCUUGAUCGAAUAGCAUCGCAUUCAAACACAAGUAUACUUAUAACAAGUAUUGCCGGCGUAGUUGAUAAUAAUAAUAGGCAUAAACAAUUUAAUACACACAAGUGCUUCUGGUGACUGCCUUCAUACGAUAACCAUGUCAAGUGCUUUAGGUCGUAUACGUCUAAUAACCUUCGACGUCACCAAUACGCUACUGCAGUUUCGUGGCAGUCCUGGGAAACAAUAUGGAGAGAUUGGUGCACUUUUCGGUGUACUCUGUGACAAUGCUGAUCUCGCACAAAAUUUUAAGGCUAAUUGGAACAUAAUGAAUAGAAAAUAUCCAAAUUUCGGACGUAGUUCCCGCAUUAGCUGGCAACAAUGGUGGCAUCAACUUAUUGGGAAUACGUUUUCUGACAGCGGCUCGUUGAUACCCGGAGAGAAAUUAAGUAGCUUGGCAAAUCAUCUGCUUGAACUUUACAAAACAAGUCUUUGUUGGCAGCAUUGCAAUGGAAGUGUGGAUUUACUAAAUUAUUUACGUUUACAACAACAACUCGCUGCAAACCAUAAUGAUAACGACGUUGAUGAUAACCACUGCAGUCAGAAGUCACAAAUAGCUUUAGGCGUUAUAUCAAAUUUUGAUCCUCGCUUAGACACACUCUUGCGUAAUAUGAAAAUUAAGCAUUAUUUUGAUUUUACAAUUAAUUCUUAUGAUAGCAACGUUGAAAAGCCAAGUCCGGAAAUAUUCGAUUUAGCCAUGAAGUUGUCCAAUUUGGAGAACCUAAAACCUGAAGAAUGCUUACAUAUUGGAGAUGGACCUACCACAGAUUAUUUAGCCGCCAAAAAUGUAGGUUGGAAUGCUGCGCUUAUUCACGAGAAAACUAUUAAUUACUUAAUUAAAAACUAUGGCGAUAAAAUAGAGGAUCAAUUUGUUUUCCAAAGUUUAUACGACUUUCAUAAGAAGUUUUCAAAUAAUUUUAUAAACUGGUAAAUAAUUUGUUAAUUUAAUGAAUUAAAUAUAUUACUACCACAUACCAAAAACAAAUGUAUGAACUCAUAUAUAUUAUGGUAAUA